AUGUCGCAACGAGAUUUUGAAGAGUACAUGGAAUCCUAUGCUGAGAAUUUCGAUCUCUACAAGCACAUGACUUUCAACGCAACCGUCAAGCAGGUCGUGCGAAGUGCCGAUGGGUCCAAAUGGCGGGUUGAGAUGAUCAAAUCAGGGAACCCGGAGGCCCAAGAGUUCGACAAGGUGGUUCUAUGCCAUGGCUAUCAAACGAAACCAAAGAUGCCGGUCUAUGAAGGACAGGAACAGUAUGAAGGCCUUCUAAUGCAUUCCCAGCAGUUCCGCAACCCCGAAGAUUUUAAAGGAAAGAAGGUCGUUCUUGUUGGCCUGAGCGCCACUCUAAGCGACCUGCUGUCUGUUAUUGUCAAGCAAACAGACAAGGCCUAUAUCUCGCAUCGCAACGGCAGCCUUAUUGUAGGCCGCUGGCGGAAUGGUGUGCCGACUGAUCUCCUCGUCACUCGCGCCCGUAGGCAGAUGUCGUACUUCCUGCAAAGUCAUUUUCCCAAUUUAAGUAACAAGCUUGUGAUGCUUGCUACAGGCUUUCUCAUGAAACAGCAUGGCAAGCUCGAUCCUUCUUGGCGUCUACUUGACAACAUGGCACCACUCAGUCUGCACCUCGCAGGUUGCAUAGACACCACUGUCGAGUUCCUCCGCGAGGGAAAAGUCACCUCAUUGUAUGGAAUACAAAGAUUCCUCGGGGGAAAAUCGAUCGAGUUCACUGACGGAACGGUCCUCGACGACGUUGAUGCUGUCAUCUGCUGCACAGGCUACUCGGCAGACUUUGAUCUCGUUCCUUUUAUUGAGAUGAGCAAGCCCAAAGCGGACAAUUCGGGAAACCCUUACGGAGGACGUCCUAUCGCUCUGCUUUACAUGAAUCUAUUCCCGCCGGCACAUGCAGACAGCAUCGCUAUCCUUGCGUACUCGAUGUACGGCAAGAACAAUGGGUUUUCUUUCUCCGAUGUCACAUCCAUGGCUAUCAGUAAUAUAUGGCGCGGUGUCAGCGCUGACAUGAUCCCACCAAGGUCCGAGAUGGAACGUGCCGUUGACCGGCAUCAUCAGUGGAUUGCAGAUCGCUGGACCCGCGAAAACAGGUCCGACCCGAGCGCCGUCAAACAAUGGGAGUUCCAGGGGUUUCUGCACAAGGCUGCUGGCACUGGUAUGGAGAACCUCGGUUGGGGAUGGCGCGGUUGGGUCACCUGGUUCAGAGAACCGUACAUGAGCUAUCUCAUGAACCAUGGUGUAGAGACGGCGUAUGCUUUCCGGUACUUUGAAACGGGGAAGAGGAAAACCUGGGAUGGCGCUAGGGAGGCUAUCAUUCACACGAAUAAGCUGGUGAGGCAACUGAAGGCAAAGAAAUGA